ACCAAUAUACCUGAAGAAGCUGCUGUUGCCUGGAGUGCCGUUAGGCGUCGCUGUACGCUGACGUUCUCAAAGUAUUUUCACACUUGCAAAUAUACGAAGAAGAAAUCUAUACCACACGUGAUCUAGGGUGGAGUCCUAAACGUCUUAUUCCUGCCUACAGUAGUGCGCUUUACACGUGGUUUACAAUAGAGGCUUGUGGUCCCUUAUGUAGUGCACUUAAUGUCUGAUUACACGCGUUAGGGAUGUAGACUGGAGGUCUGGAGGCUGGCAGGAAUUCACAUGAAUAACCUUUAAGUUACUGAUGAGGUUAUUAAAGACAAAAUGAAGUAAAUUUAGAUAUUUAGAUAGUUGUGUUGAUGAGUGAUGAGUGAUGAGUGAUGAGUGAUGAGUGAUGAGUGAUAUUAAAACGCAUUAAACUAAGGACAGCUUGUAUAACGGGGAAGCUAUCAGGCUAGACUCCCAUUCAUGUUAGUGUAUUGACUCAUUCUAUAAGUCUACAGCCAUGUUAGCACCUAAAGCUGUGUUUAUGAGCGUGUUAAAGCACAGAGUGGCUCUAAAGCUGUGGAGGAGAAACGUCACCACCUGGUCACCUGUUGGAGCUGCUUUCAACGCCAAAGCGGUCAGAAGACUGGAUCUGUUUCAACAAAAUGUGGGUUUGUUUGGCGUUCCAGAGCUGAGCUGCACAGAGGGAUUUGAGGUGAUCCAAGAGAAAGCUCUGCAGGAGACCAAGCGACUGGUGGAAAAAGCCUGCAGCACACCGCCCGGCCGCGUGACCGUGGAGACGUUCGAUAAACUCUCGGACAGUUUAUGCAGAGUGGCUGAUCUGGCAGACUUUAUCAAAGUGGCCCAUCCUGAUCCACAGUAUCGAGAAGCAGCAGAGAAAACCUGUAUACAGAUCGGUACCACAGUGGAGAAGCUUAACACGAAUGUCGAGUUGUGUAAGAGUUUAAAAAACCUGCUGGAUAAUGAAGAGGUGAGGGCCAAACUGGAUCCUGAAACAAGGAGAGUAGCUGAGCUGUUCCUGUUUGACUUUGAGAUCAGUGGGAUUCACCUGGAUGAAAAACAGAGGAAAGAAGCAGUCAAAUUGAAUGUUCGGCUACUGGAUCUUAAUAAUCAGUUUCUUAUGGGCUGCCACAUGCCAAACCGAAUAGACAUGAAAGCUCUCCCUAAACACAUCAUCCAGCAAUUUACCAAUGAAGGGAAAUACGUCCAGAUUGGAGGACUGCAUGCUGAUGCACCUGAUGAUCUGGUUCGGGAAGUUGCCUACAGGAUUUUCCUGUACCCAAAUGAAGAAAUGAUGCACAUCCUUGAGGAACUGCUGUCUUGUAGAUAUAAACUGGCUAAGCUGGUCGGAUAUGAAUCUUAUGCACACAGGGCUUUAAAAGGAGCAAUGGCCAAAAGCCCAGACACUGUGAUGAAAUUCCUGCAGCUUUUGACAGACAAACUCAAAGACAGGACUGAAAAAGACUUUCAAAUGAUGAGAGACAUGAAGUCCAGAUUCAACCCCAGGAAUCCAGACCUUAUGCCAUGGGAUCACCCUUAUCUCAGUGGUGUUGUACGGGCCGAGAGGUUUAACAUUGAGCCAAGCCUAUACAGCCCAUACUUCUCACUUGGAGCCUGUAUGGAAGGUCUGAACAGCCUUUUCACACAGCUCUUUGGUGUGUCGCUUUUGGCUGAACAGCCUAGUGCAGGAGAAGUGUGGAGCGAGGAUGUGCGCAAACUGGCAGUGGUACAUGAAUCUGAAGGAUUGCUGGGAUACAUUUACUGUGACUUCUUCUAUAGGCCAAACAAACCUCAUCAGGACUGCCAUUUUACAGUCCGCGGAGGGCGGCGGAUGGACGAUGGGCAGUACCAGUUGCCGGUGGUGGUGUUGAUGCUGAACUUGCCUCAUCCUACAAAGAGUACACCUACUCUUCUCACACCAGCCAUGAUGGAGAACCUCUUUCAUGAAAUGGGUCACGCCAUGCACUCAAUGCUUGCACGUACACACUACCAGCAUGUGACAGGAACGAGGUGUGCCACUGAUUUCGCUGAGGUGCCUUCUAUUCUAAUGGAGUACUUUGCCACUGAUUACCGCGUGAUCAACCAAUUCGCUCGCCACUAUCAGACAGGACAGCCUUUGCCUGAGAGCAUGGUAUCACGACUUUGUGAAUCCAAGAAAGUCUGUGGUGCUGCUGAUACACAACUUCAGGUUUUCUAUGCAGCCUUGGACCAGGUCUAUCAUGGCAAACCCCAAAAACGGUCAACAACCGAUAUCUUGAUAGACGUGCAACAGAAAUACUACGGCUUACCUUAUGUUCCAAACACAGCAUGGCAGCUGAGAUUCAGUCACCUCAUUGGUUAUGGGGCAAAGUACUACUCUUACCUGAUGUCUCGAGCUGUAGCCUCCAUGGUCUGGAGGCAGUGUUUCCAUAAGGACCCCUUAAACAGGGAAACUGGAGAGCGCUACCGCCAAGAGAUGCUGGCUCAUGGGGGAGGGAAGGAGCCCAUGCUGAUGGUGGAAGGCAUGUUGCAGAAAAGCCCAUCCAUCGAGGAUUUUGUCGAUGCCCUCGUCUCUGACCUGGACCCAGAUUUUGAGACAUUCUUCAUGGACUCAGAGGGAUAAAUCACUACCUCUCAAAGCCUCCUCUUAAUAAAGGAAGGUCCUCACCUCAGGCUGUCUAGGGAAGGAGUGAAAGGCUAGGGUCACAGCCUUACAUUCUCUAAUACAGCAAGACUGCAGUCCAUUCUGAAAUGAUUGAGGUUACACCGUCCACACUAAGAUCAGUUGCUUCAUGGAAGGUGUUGAAUAUAAAGGCCACUAAGAACACAAUUUUAUAGAGUCUUACACUGAAAAGCAGACAAUAAGCUGACUAAGCAGAGAUGCCAUUUCAUUUACUAUUCAUGCCAUGUUUAGCAAUACAACUCUUAGUGUUAAUUGAGGCAGCAAUAAAAACACAAAACGUAUAGCAUAGCACUAACAUGCUACUGUGCAACAAUUGGCUUUUUUAUUAGAGCUUUUUAUUACUAGUGUAAAGAAUAUCCAAAGCAGAAUAGCCAUCAGUUUUUCCAACAUUUACUAUAUGGAUAAAACUAUAUGGAGCCCUGAUCAUCACACCCAUAUGUUCUUUGUGAACAUCCCAUUGCACAUUUAGUUCCCUGCUCCACACUUUUUAUUUGAUUUUGAAGCAUGCUUGUGGGAAUUUCUGUUCAUUCAGCCACAAGCGCAUUAGUGAGGUCGGGCACUGAUAUGGGACGAGGAAGCCUGUGGUGCUGUCAGGGUUACAGCUGAUCCCAGAAGUGUUCAGUGGAGGUGAGGUCACAGCUUUGUGCUGGACACUAAAGUUCUUCCACAUCAAUCUUGGCACACAGAGUCUUCCUGGAGCUUGCUUUUGUGCACAGGGCCAUUAUCAUGCUGGAACAUGUUUUGGGUGCCUCAGUUCCAGUAAAUUAAUGCUACAGCAUACAUAGGCAUUCUAUACAAAUGUGUGCUUCCAUCUUUGUGGUUCCAGUUUGGUGAAGACCCACAUAUGGGUCUGAUGGUCUUGUGUCCAAAAAAUGUUUUGCUGUGUAAUUUUUUGCACUUUUACUUUUGUCUCAAGCACAAAUAAAGGCAUAACCAUUUAAAAUCUAGUUAACCCCCAAAAAGAAGAGCAAAUGUAAAGAUUUCAUUAAAAUUGUGCACAGGGCCAUUAUCACAGAUUUCACCACAAGAUUUAUUAAAACAGCCUCGUUUUGGUAAAAUAGAAUUCAUCCACAGCAACAUGCAGUGGGUUUUACCAAACCACCACUGCUCAUACUGUAUAUUUUGAAAUCAAGGCAAAUGUGCAGUAUAAGCUUAAUCACUUCAGAAUGAACUGCACCACAGCUUCAGCCAGUAAAGGCCUUGUUAUUAGAUGAGUUAAAUUAGGAGUGCUUUCGUUUGGUAGCGAAGGAACCGAAUAAUUAGAAUGAAAUGAAUCCAUCUGUUGCACAAGUAAUGUGCACAAAUUAUGUCUCAUUUACUAGUCACGAAGAUGUACAUCUAAAUCCCUAAGAGAACUAAUUUCCAGUGGAAAUCCUGCAUGAGUUAAUUUUCAUUUUCUAUGAGCUGAGUAACUGCUCAAAGAUUUCAUUUUGACCUAAGGGUUCUUCUAAGGGGUCUGGAACCUUUUCUGAGAGGGCUGUGGGUUCUACAGAGGACAGUAUAUGGUUUCCAAGGUACCCUCAGAGGAGCAAACCCAAUACUUACUAAUCAAUUUAAUAGUUUACUCGUGUUUAGUCACUCAGGUACUGCCCUGUCUGUGUUUUUUUUUUCUUCCAAAAAGUUGAUGUACAGUUUUAAAUUCCUAGUGGAAUUUAAGGGACUUAUCACAAUUAACAACUGGUCAAUUUUGUGAUUGUUAAUCUUUUUUUUGUUUGUUUGUUUUGUUAGAUAAUCUCUAUCCUUUCAUCAUUAUCAUGGUCACUGCCUUAACUCACAGCCGCAGACAUGUGAUCACAAACUCCAUACUAGCUUUAUCCCCCUUCUACAAAGCACCUCUGGAAUGUUACCUAAAUACCUCAGAAGUGUCAUUAUAGUUAAGAAGCACCUAUUAGCCCUUUCAUGCACAAGCUGUUUAAAUAUAUAUAUUAUACCUGGAAUUAAUAUAGCAAUAUUCUGGACACAAACAUGCCCACAGUUUGAGUCUCAUGUGAUGCGGCUGAUUAUUGAGGGAAUCUUCAAAUAAACAAAGAAAUAAAAAAAAAAAAAAAAAAGAAAGAAAUUAAAUAAAUUAAAUGUAGUUUAAAGAAAAUCUACGGUGUCCAUUUCCAUUAAGUUUUGAUUAUUUAGUGUAUAAAGAUUGUAAAGAUGCACCAGACAAAAAAAGGCUGGAUCGUUCAUGUCCAGGUACAAUAACGGUCUCAAGUCCAUUACUGUACUUUUUUUUGGUAAGGUAUAAUUUACUGUAUCAUUAAUAUUUUCCUGCAAACAGCCUUAAAUUGACUGCUCAUAAGUAUUGACACUGUGCAUGUUUUUGAUUUUUUUUUUUUUUUUUUUUUUGUUCUUUCUUAUCGUUUUUUAUUGUAAUAUUCUUGUUGAGAAUUUUCUGGGGAUUUCCAGAAAAUCCUUUAGACUUAAUAAGAAAAGAAACUGCUGUAGACUGCAGUCUGCUGUACAGACCGUAACCAACAACAUUAAAUUCCAGGAAACUACAGAGCUUCACAUUUUUACAUUGAUUUAUGUUUGUAAAAGUUUAUUAAAUUUAAAAUAGAUUUUCAUGUAUGUAUGACUCUUGUUCAAUUCCGUGAUCAUUGCUUAUUUAUUUACAAUUAUGAAGAGCAAUAAAGUUCCUUACUUUCA